AUGUCAUCUCCAACUCAGUUAUCUUCAUCAUCACCAAUUUCGCAACUAAGCGUAGAGCAAUCAGCAAAUGCAUUUAGUUUGAUAUUUCCGCUGACAGCAACUCAGUUUGUUGCAUCACCAACACCAGAUUCUGCAAGUUACGUAGCAUAUGAAGACACUGGUGACCCUGGCAACAAUUUGCCGACAUUGUUUUUCGUACCUGGAAUCGGAGAGCUUCGACAAACCUUUCGAUUGAUUGCGCCGCAUUUUAAUCGAGAAGGACAUCGUGUGUUAUGUAUGGAUUUGAGAGGAGCCGGGCAAAGUACUGCAAAUUUUAAAAGUUAUACGCCGGAAGAUGUAGUAACUGAUAUGAUUCAAAUUUUGGACCACGCACAAAUCAAGAGUCCAGUUGUGAUUAUAGGGAAUUCGUUGGGUGGCGCUUCUGCGAAUAUUUUCGCCUCAAGAUAUCCAGAAAAAGUACAUAGCAUAAUAAUGCUUAAUGGAGUUCUCAGAGAUGCGCCAUCAGAUAAAUUCCUUCGUCCAAUCUUAAACUUAUUAUUCCUUCCUAUUUGGGGUUCAUCCGCCUGGAUAAACUACUGGAAAAACUUAUUUAAAAAACAAAGGCCCGUCGACUUUGAUAGCUAUGCCACAGCAUUGAAAAAAAAUCUCAGCGAACCUGGUCAUCUAUAUGCACUCAAAAAGUUUGCAACAGCCACCAAAGCGUCGGCAUGGAAAUGUAUCCCUCAGGUCACUUGCCCGGUUUUGGCGAUUUAUGGCAGCAAAGAUCCCGAUUACUCGGAUCCAUUUAAAGAACCAGAGAUUGUUAGACCACAGUAUGUGAAUGCAAAAUUGUUUAAGAGUGAGCUUAUGGAUGGGUUGGGACAUUAUCCGUAUGUCGAAGAGCCGGAAAAGGUUAUAAAGCUAAUUUCAGAAUUUAUAUAUUAA